GAGUGGCCAGAAGCACAUUCCAUGUAGACGUUUCUCUGUGAUCUGUGGAGGACGAGAGCAGGCCCUGUAUGUGUGUGUGUGUGUGUGUAGUGCAGCGGUUUCAGCAGUUGGCGCGGGAAGGUAGCCCUAGCCAGCCAGCCGCUGCUAUACAACGGCUGCGAGAGACGGACACGGGGACGUUGGGCAGCACGGAGGCGGCGGGAAGAGAGCCCCCCAGAGCCCAUCCAGACCCCCACACAGCAAUGGGAAUCAACUUCUUGAUACUGCUCUCCAAACAGGGCAAGGUGAGGCUCAACAAGUGGUACCAGGCCGUGGCCGAGAAGGAGAAGCAGCAGAUCAUCCGGGACAUCACCGCCAUCAUCCCCUUGCGCCGCGCAAAGAUGUGCAACGUCAUCGAGUACAAGGACUCCAAGAUCGUGUACAAGCGCUACGCCUCCUUGUUCUUCAUCACCAGCAUCGCCAACGACGACAACGAGCUCAUCACCCUCGAGCUCAUCCAGAGAUACGUGGAGAUCAUGGACAAGGCCUACGGCAACGUGUGCGAACUCGACAUUGUCUUCAACUUCCAGCUGGCCUAUUACAUUCUUGACGAGCUCGUCAUCGACGGUAACAUUCAGGAGUCUUCCUCCACCGAGAUCCUGCGCAAGCUCAAGACCUGUGACGACAUUGAGGAGGCAGACCUUCUGGCCGGCGCCUCCAGCCGCAAGUACAUCAUGUAACCGAUUAUGUAAGCGCCCACUGAGCCCUCUCUCUCCGGUGCACGGGCGCUCUUUUCCCCUUCCCUCUCCCUCCUGUGUAUCUGUUUACGUAACCAUCUCCCGCGACUCCUCCGCCACCCAUCGCAAAAGCC